GUUUCAGCUGCUAAUGUUGGAAACAUAAGUUGUCCGAUGUUAUAUGUUGGAAGUGUUCCUAUUCUGAUUUACGGUUAUCGGAUGUUAAUGGUUGGAAGUAUUCCUGUUAUGCUCUACGGUAGUUCUACUGGUGGGGUAGUUGAGCCAAUCCUUUCGAGUGAUGUGAAGCAGUGUUGUUCACUAAGUGAUGAAGUGGGAUCACAAGUUGAUUUGGUGUUGGAGGAUAAUAAGGAGGAUACUUGUGUGAUUUCAAAUUCAAAGAGUGUAAUAAGUAAAUUGGAACAUGAGGGAGGGAGUACAAUGCCGGAUUGGGAGAGCCAGUUGAGUGAGUGGUCUUUGCCUACGGAAUUUGGGAAGAAAAGGAAGCACCAUCUUCGUGCACAAAAGCGGCAUUUUGUACCAAGAAACUUGAAGUAUGCACCUGUUAAAAGGAAUUCGGGUUUAUCUAAGCGUUUGUGUCAUUAUGAACCUUUUGAUAUAUGCUUGUCUGCUCUUCAAGAUUCUUGUAAUGCAAGAAUGAUGGAAGAAGAGGAUAUGUUAGAAUUUGCUAAUCCAGAACGCAUGGUGGAAUGUACAGAUCCAAUAGUACUUAGGCCAGGGAUGGUCUUCCUGAAAAAUUAUGUGAGCCUCAGUGAACAGGUUGAAAUCAUAAGGACAUGUCGGGAGCUUGGUUUAGGCCCUAGGGGGUUUUAUCAACCAGUUUUCCAGCAAGGAGCAAAACUUUGUCUGCAGAUGAUGUGCCUGGGCCUGAAUUGGGAUCCUGAAACUAGGAAAUAUGAAGAUAUACGACCAAUAGAUGGCACUGGGCCUCCUACUAUUCCUAAUGAAUUUAGUUUGCUGGUUGAAAGAGCAAUGCAAGAAGCACAUGCCCAUCUCAAAGAUAAAAUCGGAUGUAGCAGUGUAGAAAAAGUGCUCCCUUCGAUGACUCCAAACAUAUGCAUCACCAACUUUUACACAACUAGUGGAAGGCUUGGUCUUCAUCAGGAUCGUGAUGAAAGCAAAGAGUCUCUCCAAAAAGGAUUACCUGUCGUCUCAAUAUCUAUAGGUGAUUCUGCAGAUUUCCUCUAUGGGGAUCAGAGAGAUAUUAAAAAGGCAGAGAGUGUUGUUUUGGAAUCAGGAGAUGUGUUAAUAUUCGGUGGUCUUUCAAGACUUAUAUUUCAUGGUGUAACAUCCAUCAUACCAAACUCAGCUCCAAAUAAUUUGCUGGAAGAAACUAGGCUUCGUCCUGGCCGUCUGAAUCUUACCUUCAGACAGUAUUAGAGACUCGGUCUUCAUGUGUAAUCACAGGUGUGGCAUCUUUACUACUUGUAUGCAGAAUUUGAU